AUGGUAGUAUUGAAGACGACGAAGCCUUGGUUUUGGGGCAAUCCUGAGGUAAUGAAGGAAGAAACAGACCUACCAGACUAUGUGCGACUCAAAGCAACCGUGGACUCUAAACUUGCCAAGUAUGUUAGUUCAAAGGGGUACAUAAUCCCCGAACGACUUCGCGAGGGCUGGUUCUACAGUCUUGUUUAUCGAGCAGUUACAGACCUACGAGCUAAGUUGCCAGGGUCCUACCUCGAUUUCGUUGUACGUCAACAUGGGCCUUCUGUUCAGCUGGAUAUCUUCUGUGAAGGAACCAGGCAGAAGCUUUUGUCGGCUGAUCUUGUCCCUUGCUUUCAAAUUGGGACCAAUGAAUACUUCGUGCCAAAAGGACACACCAGGGACAAUAGCCUCUGUAGACGGUCAUUUUCACUCGAAGAAAAACAGCUACUGAAGUGCAUGGACAAAGAUGAUCGUGGCUGCAGACACGAACUCUUGAGGAUGGUGAAGGCCAUCGACCAUAGGGAGAGAACAUCCCUUGGACAACUAGCAUCUUACUACCUGAAGACGGCCUUCAUGCACUACAUCAAAGAGAAGCCUUCCAACUGGGAUGGAACAAAUUCACUGGGGGAACACUUUGUCGGGUUCUUGGCGGCAUUGCAAGCUUUUCUGCAGAAAAAAAACCUGCCAAAUUACUGGCUUCCUGAAGUAAUCUCUUGGAUGAGAUCCGCAACCCGGUGA